GGGAGGGGGCCAGUCUACCCAGGUGCUCUUCAGAAGUGGGUGUGGUGUGGGGAUGGACAAGGGGGCUCAUGCCUGUAAUCCCAGCACUUAGGCUGAGGUGAGAGGAUCGCUUGAAGCCAGGAGUUCCAGACUAGCCUGGGCAACAUAGACCCCGUAUGGCCGUGGUGGCGAGUGGCUGUGGUCAUAGCUACUCGAGAGGCAGGAGGAUGGCUGGAGCCCAGGAGGUGGAGGCUGCAGUGAGCUGUAUUCGCACCACUGCACUCCAGCCUGGGCGACAGAGGGAGACCCUGUCUCAGAAAACAAGAAAAAUGGAUGUGCAGGCAGUCUUUCGUAUUUGGAGAUUAUCCGUUUUACCAGGACCCCGCUCAGCACCUCCUGAAGGCAGACAUCAGCGUGUGUUUAGGGGCACGGAGAGGGGAGGGGAUCCCAUGGCUGCCUCAGCCUGGACAAGUGGAAGCGUCUCAGAUCUUGGUGGCCUGGCUGAGCUUUGGCUGUGCCCAGGAGAGCCUCUAGGGAGGGUAUCCUCUUCACUUCCCUUCCUCGUUGGUGACAGCACCUAUCUCCCCUUAGAAAGGGGAGCCGCCGGUCCUGCUGCGUCCCCAAGAGCAGCCCUGGGGAAGGUGGGGGAGCUCUGACUUCACCCAGCCGGACCCCACCAUCGGGUGCUCCUCACCGCUUCUCUUCCGCCCCAGGGAGGCCUUCGCCAGCUUCGGAGGCUUCUCUAGGGGCGCAUGGCUCUGCAACCGGCUCAGCUGCUGGGCUGUGCGGGUCCCAGGGGUCGCCAGGGGGCACAUCACCGUCAGGGGGAAACGUGGCGCGGAGCCCAUCAUGGGUGAAUCGGCCGCCGCAACCGCAUCCCUUUUCCAAAGGCGGCGGCGGGGGCGAGGUGGUCGGGUCACUUUUCCCGGAGGCCUAAAGGGCAGCGCGCGUUUUCUCUCCUCUGGGCCGCCCUUCCCCGCCCCGCCAGCUCCCCCGUUCCCCGCGGCGCCCGGCCCCUGGCUGCGCAGACCCCUCUUCAGCCUGAAACUGUCCGACACAGAGGACGUCUUUCCUCGCCGCGCGGGUCCGCUCGAGGUCCCGGCCGACAGCCGCGUGUUCGUGCAGGUGGGGACCCCGGGGACACCAGGGGCGGAUGAGGGCCGGUGGGGACGGGCGAUCCCUGAUGGCGCCUCCGUCCCCCAGGCGGCCUUGGCCCGUCCCUCUCCGCGCUGGGGCCUGGCCCUGCACCGCUGCUCAGUGACGCCGUCCUCACGCCCGGCCCCGGGGCCCGCCCUGGCUCUGCUGCGCGAGGGCUGCCCCGCCGACACCUCUGUCGCCUUCCCGCCACCGCCGCCGCCGAGCCCGGGUGCCACCCGCCCCGCGCGUUUCAGCUUCCGCCUGCGCCCGGUCUUCAACGCCUCGGUGCAGUUCCUGCACUGCCAGCUGAGCCGCUGCCGCCGCCUCCGGGGAGUCCGCCGGGCGCCUGCGCCUCUGACGCCGGCGCCGCCGCCAUCGCGGUGUCUGCCUCAGGACGAGGCGUGCGCCGACACUGGCAGUGGCAGCGCCGAGGGCCUGGCUGCUGACGGCCGCCACCUGCACACGCUGACGCAGCCUAUCGUGGUCACCGUGCCGCGGCCGCCCCCCAGUGAGCACGCAGUCCUCCUUCCGCAUGGGGCCGUGGGGCGGCAGAGCGGGUGGGAAGGACGCCUGGGAGCUGGACCCAGUCUCAGCGUGGCACUUCCCACAGGGCCGCCCAAGAGUGUCCCCGGCCGCGCCGUGCGCCCUGAGCCUCCCGCGCCGGCCCCCGCGGCCCUGGAACCCGCGCCGGUGGUGGCGCUGGUGUUGGCAGCCUUCGUGCUGGGCGCCGCGCUGGCCGCCGGGCUGGGCCUCGUCUGUGCGCACUCAGCGCCCCACGCCCCUGGCCCGCCCGCAAGAGCCUCGCCCAGCGGUCCCCAGCCCAGGAGGUCCCAGUGAGGAAGACCGAUGGAAGAGGCCAGUGGUCUGCUGGGAAGGGAAGUGGCCCGCGUAGCGUCCCCUCCCUCGCUGAGCCUCAGCCACCCCUCCCAGGGAUGGUGCGCCCCCAACGUGGUCCGGAGAUACACCCAGCUACCAAUUCGGGACCAGGACCAACAGGACCGGACCCGCCUCCCUGGACCUCGGACCUGAUGGGGCCACGACCCCUGCGCUUCUCUCCUCCCCCUGUCCCUCCCACCUGUGCUCAAAAUAAACCUCUGGACUGAC